AUGGUGAGUGUCAGUGUGCGCCUUGUGAUCAGUCUCACUGUUCUGCAGACAGCCGUUCCACAGCGUGCAAUAGAGGGUACGAGUCAGGGUGAUGUGGAAUGUGGAAUGCGCAAUGCAUCCGUCGGUUGGCCAUUUCACGUGGGACUGUAUCGGACGGAGAAUAACAACAGUCUUUACUUCUGUGGAGGUACGAUCGUAACCAGCUGGCUGGUGAUCGGUUCGGCACACUGCGUAAAACCCUACCGGAGUGAGAUCCUUGCGGUGCAAUACGGUGUCAACGAUUUGACCCAGAAGGAGUCCACCAACAGGUGCCGGGUGGAGUCGAUUAUCAUACAUCCCGAUUAUCGUGCACCGGAUUUUAGUGACGACAUAGCCCUUCUGCAGUUGCAGGAUGCAAUUCCGAUUGGGACGCUAGCUCGUCCGAUCUGUCUAUGGCCAGAACCGACCGCCCAGGAAUCAGGGUCGGAGGGCGGGGAAGAUCUAGAGGGUACGCGCGGUACCAGUGUGGGUUGGGGUAUUGGGGCGCACAAUGUGUACGCGAGCGUGCUGCAAAGCGCAAUGACGGUAGUGUUACGACAAAGCCGCUGCAUGGAGGUGUUUACGGAGAAAUUGUUCCAGCACAGCGACUUCUUUUGUGCUGUAACGCCAGUGUGCAGUGGCAGUGGAGGUAGCGGGUUCUACGUUGAGCGUAAGGAUCGUUUCUAUCUGCGAGGGAUGACAACGUUUGGCAUUGCACCGAAGGGCUACUAUCAGUGUGGUGUGAACACAUUGACGGGGUUGCUCAAUGUGGCAAAGUACACCGGUUGGAUAAGGGACCGCAUGCAGGCGCUCGAGUCACAACAUCAACAAGUGGAGUCAACCAUGAGUACAGACACAUCCGAAAAUCGAACUCAACACCCUGACCCAAUCAGCACCCCGUGA